GAUUCCAGUCUUUAUGUCAAACCUCAGUAACACUACAGUGCAGAAUAAUACUGCAAUAACACAAUCUGCUGCGACUGUCCAAACAAUUGUUGACAUACUAACCACAGUUGCUAGUAUCUCACAAACUAUAAACAUCAGUAAACCUGUGAUGGAGCAUUUUCUUAAAACAGUGGACAUCAUUGUAUCAGAUGCAUCUAAAAACACAUGGACAGAAUUGAACAAUAACACCAAAACAGAAAACAAAAGCACUGAACUUCUUCAUGCUAUUGAGACUAUGAGUGAUCGUCUCUCUGAUGAAGAUUAUAUAAUUAAUGAAACCUCCAUUCAGUUACAUAGAACAACAAUUAGAAGCUCAUUCACUGAAACAUCUUCACUGCCAGACUCAACUACCCAGAUUGUGAUACCAAGUGUUCUUAAACCGACCCUCAUGACCAUUAUUAUCUUCACAAAGCUAAACAAUGUUUUACCAACUCGAAAUACUUCUAAUAAUGACAACAAGACAUCAGAAAACCAAAUCAAUGGAGAUGUUGUUGUUGUUAGGGUUAAUGAACCAAUUAACAAUAUUUUAUUUACUUUCAAUACUACAAAUACAUCAUUGACAAAUCCUCAGUGUGUCUUUUGGAACUUUUCUCUGGACCAUUGGGAUUCCACUGGAUGUAAAGUGAAGCCAUCAGGAAAUAACACGGUUACAUGUGAAUGCAACCACACAACCUCUUUUUCAAUCCUGAUGUCACCGUUUGCUAUUGAUAACCCUGCUUUAGACUAUAUAACAUACAUUGGUGUAGCUAUUUCAAUAGCCAGCUUGAUUCUGUGCCUCAUUAUUGAGAUAAUUGUGUGGAAAUCAGCAACAAGAAAUGACACGGCGUACAUGCGUCAUGUCUCAAUAGUCAACAUCGCUGUUUCGCUGCUGAUCGCAAACAUCUGUUUUAUCAUCGCAGCUGCAAUUGGAAAUCCAGGACAACCUACACCAGUGGAUCACUGCAGUCCAGUAGUUUUCUUCAUGCACUUUUUUUACCUGGCUGUUUUCUUCUGGAUGUUCAUCACAGCACUUUUGCUUCUUUACCGCACUGUCAUGGUCUUUUCUCAAAUGUCAAGGACUAAUAUGAUGGUCAUUGCCUUCAUGAUUGGUUAUUGUGCACCUUUGCUCAUAGCGGUUAUUACUGUCGCAUCCACAGCUGGACCUCAACACUAUGUCUUAAAAAAAAAUGCAUGUUGGCUGAACUGGUAUGAAUCUAAAGCCCUGCUGGCAUUUGUCAUUCCAGCUCUGACUAUUCUUGCCUUUAACCUUGUGGCUUUGAUUGUGGUUGUGUGUAAGAUGAUAAGAAGAGGGGUUGCUAGUACAACUCAAUCAGAUGAGAGACACACUUUUAUGGUCAUUGCUCGAUGUGUGGCCAUUCUGACUCCUAUCUUUGGUCUAACAUGGGGAUUUGGCAUUGGAACCAUGGUGUCACAGGAAUUGGGCAUUCAUGUGGUGUUUGCACUCCUCAAUUCACUGCAGGGAUUCUUUAUUUUGGUGUUUGGAGUGCUUCUGGACAGCAAGAUCCGCGAGAUAUUGGCAGGAAAAUUGUCACUGAGGAACCUAACCAGCUCUGACCGUACCAGGAGCACUACUGGAGGACAACCUUCAAAUGGACCACGUUUGUUUCAAAGGAUAAGGAGAAAUGUCUACAACGUAUCUGAACCAAAUGCUUUCUCAGGACUUUCAUCUUCAAACAGCACCAGUGAUCCAUAUAAUUCAUUGAGUCCAUAACUACUUCAUGAUCUAAUGCCAGAGGACCUUUCCAAAAGUGUUUCCUUUUUUGUUACCUGCUUUCUAUCUUUCAUCAUAAAUACAAAAAAAGGGGUAUGGAGUGCUAUAGGUUGUAUUUUAUUUAUUAAAACACAAACAAAGCUGUGCAACUACUGUAGACCCAUAUUAUUUAUACUGUAUCAUCUUUCUGUUAUAAAUGAAAGUCAAAUCAUACCGCUAAUCAUGAUAUUAUUAUUAAAUACAUUUUAAAUUCACAUUUUUAAGAAGAUAUAUCUCAGUCGUAUCUACACUGUCAUGUUUUCAAACAA